AUGGUUUGCAAACAAACUUUGGCAGAUUUUGCGUUAGGUUUAAAAAUUAGAAACAAAGUUGAAAUUAGGCAAAGUACCGUUUUUUUGGAUUUAGACCAAAAUUUUCUAGAAUUAAUUGAAUUGAUAAAACUUUUAUUAGAACCAAACGUUGAGCAACUUCUUCAGGAAAAAAAUAAUGCACAGGAAAAUAAUAAUCAUACUUUUAAACCUAUAAUCAGAUCUUGUCCUCAAAGGGCGAGAAAUAAAUCGGAAGCUAAAAAAUUAGCUGCUAUUUACGCUUUAAAUGAAAUUGAUGAUUCCAUAACUUUAGUUAAAUAA